AUGAUUCGCUUGCACAAAACAAUUUGCUUCCAGAGGCGAUGGGCAAGUAAUGCAGCAAAGAAUUCUUCUACGCUAAUGCGGGCGCAGUUGGAUAUCUCAGACAUCAUCCUGCGGUCAGAGGAGUACAAGAAAUCAGUUGAAAGACGACAAUUACCUGAUACUUUGAAAGCGGAUAUAGAUUACAUUGUGAAAGCACGACCGCUUCAAGGCGAACUUUUUAGCAAAAUCAAUGCGUUGAAGCGUGAAAGAAACGAAUUGGCAAAUAAAAUCAAAUCAAAAUCGGUUAAGGUGGAUGAUGUUAAAUUGAGGUUAACAACGAUUAAACUGGAGAUGCAACCUCUUGAAAAGCAGUUGAAAGAUAUGCAGGAAACAGUUUAUACCAAAGCAGAAGGGUUGCCUAACUUGUUGGAUGACGGUGUUCCAGAAAAUCCACUUGCAGAAGAUAUCGUUGCCUAUAUAAACACCAACAGCACGGAAGCCGCGUCUUUCAAUGCAUCCAGUGAAGACAUGUCAAGAGAUCAUAAAUCCAUUUGCGAAAGUAUGGGACUCGUCGAUUUUGCCACUGCAUCACGUAUUUCCGGCUCAUCUUGGUAUUAUCUUUUAAAAGAUGGUGCAUUGCUUGAACAGGCAUUGGUGCAAUAUGCGCUUUCAAGAGCACGCCAACAUGGGUACACCAUGGUCAUUCCACCAUCGAUUGUCAAAUCAGAAAUAGUUCAUGCUUGUGGGUUCAAACCUAAUGACCAAAACAACGAGAAGCAAGUUUACCAAAUUGAAGAGGAACCACUUUCAUUAACGGGAACUGCAGAGAUCCCUCUUGGUGCAUUGCACUCAUCAACAAUAUUUCCACCUCAUACCAAGCUUCCAAUAAAAUAUGCAGGCGUUUCUAGAUCUUAUAGAGCCGAGGCUGGGUCUAGUGGAAGGGAUACAAAGGGGUUAUACAGAGUACACGAGUUUACAAAAGUUGAAUUAUUCCAUUUCACAACUAUGGAUCAAGCCAAAUCAGAACUCGAAGAAAUAAAAGACUUUCAAGUUGAGUUGGUGCAAAGUUUAGGAUUGAAAGCCAAAUUGCUCAAUAUGCCUACAUCAGAUUUAGGUUCACCAGCGUUGAAGAAAUAUGAUAUCGAGGCAUGGAUGCCUGGUAGGGGUGCAUGGGGUGAGAUCACGAGUAGUUCCAACUGUGGAGAUUAUCAGUCUAGAAGGUUGGGCAUUAGACUCAACACUGGGGAGAGCACAAAACAUGUAGCAACAUUGAAUGGUACUUGUAUGGCAGUGCCCAGGGUCAUUGUUGCUCUUAUCGAACAAAACUAUGAUCCUGAAAGGAAGGUUAUAAACAUUCCAGAAGUUUUGAGGCCAUAUAUGGAUGAUAAGAAGGUAAUUAGUAAAGAUUGA